GCAGAGGUCUGUAUAGGGGCGCUUCACACUCUCGGUGCAACAUAAACUACCAAGAUAGCACCGUAAUUCCCGUCGUAUUUCAUAAUCUAAGCGGUUACGAUGCGCAUUUUUUUAUUCGAGAACUAUCCACUGGUUUACCGGGCCACAUAACAUUGCUCCCAUUAAACAAAGAAAAGUACAUCUCUUUUACAAAAUACGUGGACAAUACAAAAAUUUCUUUUCGAUUUAUCGACUCGUUCCGAUUUAUGAGUAGUAGUAUUGAUAAAUUAUCAGCGUACUUGGGUGACGAACAGAAAACUAUCACUAAAUCCUAUAGUCGUAACGACACCGAGUUCAAUCUGCUAACGAGAAAAGGUGUUUUCCCCUACGAAUAUUUGGAUUGUUGGGAAAAGCUAGAUGAGACCGCUUUACCGCCAAAGGAUGCAUUUUUUAGUCAUUUACAUAACGAGGACAUUACUGACGAAGAGUACGAGCACGCUUCAAACGUGUGGCGCGUAUUUUCCAUUCAAACCUUAGGUCAAUACUCCGAUCCUUACUUAAAAACGGACGUGCUUCUUUUGGCCGAUAUUUUCGAAACUUUCCGAAUCACUUGCAUGCAAACGUAUCAGCUGGAUCCUUUGCACUAUUACACGGCUCCAGGGCUCGCAUUUGACGCCAUGUUAAAAAUUACGGGUGUUAAACUGGAACUUUUAACCGAUAUCGAUCAAAUUCUUUUCAUCGAGAGUGGAACUCGAGGCGGUGUAACUCAGUGUAGUACUCGAUAUGCUAAAGCGAACAAUAAAUAUAUGUUAAGCGGAUACGAUCCCAACCUCCCUACGAACUACUUAAUGUACUUGGACGUAAACUCGCUUUAUGGGCGCACAAUGUGUGAGCCGCUUCCAUGCGGAGAAUUUUCGUUUGUAGAAAACUUUGAAACGCUAGACAUAUUAAAUCAUCCAGACGAUUCGGACAUUGGCUACAUUCUAGAAUGCGAUUUUGACUAUCCCAAUCAUAUUCAUAAGACCCACAGUCAGCUGCCAUUGGCUCCCGAACAUAGAAUUCCCCCAGGCUCGAAAUUAAAGAAACUAUUGCUGACAUUAUACGCGAAACGUAACUACGUCGUCCAUUAUCGGAAUUUAAAGUUGUACGUCCGACACGGAUUAAAAUUAGUGAAAAUACAUCACGUCUUACGUUUCAAGCAAUCGCCGUGGCUACGUACGUACGUUGAUUUAAAUGCGACCAUGAGAAAGCAAGCAAAAAACGAAUUCGAAAUACACUUUUUCAAAUUGAUGGGUCAACAGUGUGUUUGGGAAAUUAAUGGGGAACGUAAGGAAAUAUAAAGAUGUACGUCUCGUAUCUCGCUACGAGGGAAGAUAUGGAGCAAUGGCGUGCAUUGCAAAACCAAAUUUUCAUAGUUGCACCUUAUUUGAUAACGAUAUGGUCAUUAUUGAAAUGAAUCGAUUAGAGGUGUUCCUCAACAAACCGAUAUAUGUGGGUUUUGCGGUUCUAGACAUUUCCAAAACGUUCCUUUACAAUUUCCAUUACGAUUACGUACUGCCUAAAUUCCAAAAUAACGCUAAACUCUUAUACACCGAUACCGACAGUCUGAUUUACUCGUUCACCAACGUACCCGACAUAUACGAGUCGAUGAUAAAGGAGGAUAUACAUCUAUUCGAUACGUCCAGUUAUGAGCGCGAUAACGUUUUUGGAAUACCGCUAGUGAAUAAAAAGGUUCCCGGUCUAAUGAAGGACGAAAGCAAUGGCAAAAUUAUGCUGGAAUUUGUUGGUCUUCGCGCUAAAAUGUACGCUUAUCGCGUAGAUACAAAAGAUGUAGUUAAAAAAUCUAAGGGAUCAACUGCAGCGAGUAUUAAGACAAUCACCAUAGAUGAUUACAAGAACUCACUGUUUAAUGCCGACAUUAUAAAGAGUCAUCAGCACCUCAUCAGAUCGAAAAAGCAUUCUGUAUUUACAAUCAAACAGAAUAAAGUGGUCCUUAGUCCGCACGACGAUAAGCGGAUUAUUCAACCAGACUGCAUUAACACUCUUCCUUGGGGCUACGAGCAGCUGUAAGCUGAACCAGUGCAACGAUCCAGGAGCUUUCAUUGUAAAUAUCUAUUUAUCAAAUGUAUAUUUAUGGAAAAUAAAAUAGCACCUGC